GCAGGUGCAGCACGGCAGCAGAUACUUAGGUCAGACCCCAGUAUAAUGCCCCGGGCAAUUUGGGAUCUCCCUGCGGAAGAUCAUCUCUUAUUUACCAGGGGUGCAUCAUUCAUCACCAUGAAGUCAUCUCUUUUCCUUUGUGUUCUCCUGGGUGUUGUCUUCUCUGUCAGGACUGCAUCAGUGCCUCCUGUAGAGGCUGUCACUGUUACUAACCCAUUCACGACAGAUAUAGUGACAGGGCUUUACAAUGACCCUACCUCCACACAGACCACUGAUUCAACCACACUGUACUCUACACCCAUCACUCCACUCACAUCAUCUUAUUGUUGUAUCACCACAUCUUCAUCAGCCAUACCACCACAACCUACUACAUACACUACUCCCUUGACAAGCCAGAUGAUGUGUCCUGAUGGAUGGGAGGUGUUCCUGGGACGUUGCUACUACUUUGUGUAUGAGGGCAAGACCUGGCCUGAGGCUCAGUCAUACUGUGCACUGCUCGACUCCAUGCUGGUCCCCGUCCACAGCAGUCAAGAGUACGCUUUCCUCCAGCAGCUCACCAACAAUAAUGGUGGUCAAGAUGCUUGGCUGGGUGGUUUCUACCUACAGGACCAGUGGUUAUGGAUUGAUGGUUCCUGGUUCUACAACAACAACUGGAGCAGUGAGUCUCCAGACAGCACCGACCCCUGCCUACUGCUCAAUUCUAAUGAGGCAUGGAGCAAUUCCCCAUGCAACACUAGUGGCUUUGCGUCCAUCUGUGUGAAGAACUCCAAUGUCCCACGGGGGAUGGUGUGUCCUGAAGGCUGGAUGGGUUUCAAAGGCAGCUGUUAUUACUACAACUCUGAAUAUCUGUCCUGGCCUGAAGCUGAUAAUUACUGUUCUGGUCUCCAGGCCAGCCUGGUCUCCAUCCACAGCCUUCAGGAGUAUUUCUUCCUCUACGAGAAAACCACCGCUUAUGGAUUUUCUCCAACCUGGCUGGGUGGAUUCUACCUUGAGGACCAGUGGAUGUGGCUAGAUGGUUCCUGGUUUUAUCAGGGAUUUUUUAUUCAGAUGUCUACAUACAGCAUCAACUCCUGUCUUUCAACAUCCAGCUCUGAUGGUUGGACUAAUUAUGACUGUGAACAGAGCUUCCCUUCGUUUUGCGUGAUGAAUGAGGUUGUGUAAAGGAUGCACUUUAAAUCUGUGCACAGACAGCAUAACGGAAUAAUUCAGUCAAGUACAAAUUUAACCCAAUCGUAUUAUUCCCAAAAUUGCCAAAGUGUCUAUUUCGUGCAAAAUUCCAAACAAAUUA